AUGUCCAGUGUCAACACCGUUGGCUUAAAGUUCUUAAUCCUAACCUCAACAAAGGACCUUGGAGAAAAGAGAAUGAGAAGCCUAAAUGGUCCAAAAUAUCCAAGCAACUCCUUGGUCGCAUUGGCAAGAAAUGUCGUAAAAGGUGGCAUAUAUAAUCAUCUAAAUCCGACUAUCGAAAAGACUCCGUGGACUAGAGAAGAGGAACUGAUUCUGGUUCAGGCACAAAGAGAUCAAGGCAAUAAGUGGGCCGAGAUUGCUAAGCUCUUGCCUGGAAGGACGGAGAACAAUAUCAAGAACCACUGGAAUUGCUCACUUAAGAGGAGAUCGGAACACCUUGAUACUAGUAGCCCCUUGUCUGGUUAUGGACCUUGUGGUUAUGAAUCUAGCUUUUUCAAUCAAAGCAACAUGAUGGAAAUCAAGAAAGCUGCCAAGAUUCCUCAAAGGGAUUCACUGGAAUUAACUCUAGAGCCCAUGAAUUGGAGGAACACGUCUUCAUCCAUAAACUCUCUUAAAGGGGAUGAAGAAUCAAAAAUCUCGUCAUCACUAGAAUCUGAUUGGUUAAGACGCAAUAGCAAGGUUGAAAUAACAAUAACACCUUCUGUAAACAAGAAGAAACUUACGAGAUCUAGAAAAGAGAAUGUUUGA